AUGGCGCCGCGUUUCCUGGCGUGCUUCGGCAGGGGCGGCGCGACGGCCUCGGCGCCGGAGCCUGUGGAGGACCUGGCCCCGGGCCCGGUGCUGGUGGAGCUCUUCUCCUCGCAGGGGUGCGCGGCGUCGCCUGAGGCGGACGCCCUGGUGGCGCGGCUGGCGCAGGAGUCCUCCGAGACCGGCGGCGGCGAGCGAGCGAUGGUGGUGCUGGGGUUCCACGUGGACUACUGGGACUACCGCGGGUGGAAGGACCCCUUCGCGGCCAGCGCCUGGACCGUGCGGCAGAAGGCGUACGUGGAGGCGCUCCGGCUGGACACGCUCUUCACGCCGCAGGUCGUCGUGCAGGGCCGCGCGGACUGCGUCGGCACCGAGCAGGACAAGCUCGCCCAGGCCGUCCGCGACGCGCCCCGCUACCCCUCGCCCGCCAUGAAGGUGAAGUUCCAGCGGCCGAACCCGAGCACGCUGCAGGCGUCCUUCACGGGCGCGCUCCACUCCCGCGUGGACGGCGGCGGGAGCGUGCUGGUGGCGCUGUACGAGAGCGGCGUGGUCACCGACUGCGGCCGCGGCGAGAACAAGGGCAAGUCGCUGCUCAACGACCACGUGGUGCGCCGGCUGGAGAAGGUGGCCGCCGUGCGCGACGGCGCGUCCGCCAGGAAGGCCGUGUCCGGGUCCGUCCAGUUCCCGCUGUGGGACGACUUCCGCGCCACCAAGUGCGGCCUCGUCCUCUUCGUGCAGAACUCGGCGCUGCAGGUGCUCGGCGUCCAGCACUUCGACCUGCCCGACAACGUCUGA